GUGGUGCUACUGUGACAGCUGACAUGGACGUGGUUGUGUGGCGAUGCUUGCUCGUUUUUUUCGUUAUAACAGGAGUGACGAGCUCUGAAGACCUGGGGACGCAGCAGUUCUUCGAUGGCUUCCCUGACGACGUCUGGGACUCGCUGGAGACUGAGGAUGUGGUUUCAAUUGUCAGCCAAUUUAUAGAAGAGUUAUCAUCGCUUGACUCGCUAACUCCACGUGACCUGAACCCUCCGCUGCUGGAGGCAAACGACGAGCGCUCCAAGGUAUUCUGCGAGGCGUGUCACUUGGCCGUGGGGCGCUUGAUCGGCGCCUACGUCAAUGGCACGUCUUUGGACGUCCUCUUCAACCGCACGGUUGAUUUGUGCAUUAAUCUCAACAUCUCAAGUCCUAUGUUUUGUGAACAGAUGAUCGAAACAUCCAAGCCUCAAGUCAGUUGGAUCAUCACACACUCGAACCUGACGGCCAAAGACGUGUGUGGGGUCUUGUUUGUGGGGCAGGACUGUAAGUCCGACAACCCUGAACGGGAAUGGCAAAUCGACCUGCCGUCAAACGAAAAACCACCGCUCAAAAACAUAACCAUUGCCCCGGGAUCUCCGACAUUGAAAGUACUGCACCUGGCAGACACCCACUUCGACCCUUACUACAAGCCAGGCUCCAACGCGGUGUGUGACGAAAUCUUCUUUUGUUGCCGUGAAGAGAGUGGGCCCGUAAAAGCACCCGAGGACGCGGCUGGCUUCUGGGGCGACUACCGAGCUUGUGACUUACCCAAAUGGACCAUUGAGGCCAUCUACGAGCACAUUCUCGCCGAGCACCCGGACAUUUCGUUCAUCAUUUGGACGGGUGACCUGGUGCCGCACGACGUCUGGAACACGUCCCGAGAGGGCAACCUGAACAUCAUCCGCGAGUCCGUGGCUACGGUGGCACAGUACUUCCCAUCCAUCCCCGUCUUCCCUGCUCUGGGGAAUCACGAAUCCGAUCCAGUGAACGCAUUCUCUCAACCAUACAUCGACAACGAGUUCAGCAUGGACUGGCUGUACGGCGAGGUGGCAAGCCUCUGGCAGACGUGGCUCCCGGAAGACGUUGCAACAACAAUUGCUUACUCCGGUUACUACAUUGUUGACGUUUUUCCUGAUCUACGAUUGAUCUCCGUGAACACGAACUAUUGCUACAACUAUAACUGGUGGCUGCUGUACGACUCAGUGGACCCUGGGGAGGUGCUUAAGUGGAUGGCUGGGGAGUUGCAGAGGGCUGAGGAUGAUGGGGUGUACGUGUACCUCAUCAGCCACAUCCCCUCAGGGAAUGACUGCCACUACACUUGGAGCAGGGAAUACUCGAAGAUCGUUUCUAGAUAUGAAGGAGUUAUCGCUGGCAUCUUCUACGGCCACACUCACAACGACCAAUUCCAAAUGUUCUUUGACUAUGACAAUCCAUCACGGCCGAUCGAAGUUGGCUUUGUGGCUCAAAGCCAGACAACUUACUCGGACCUGAAUUCUGGAUACAAGAUAUACACCAUCGAUGGCGGCCACGAAAACUCAACCUACACCGUCUUGGACCACGAGAACUGGUACUUCGACUUGGAUAGGGCAAACUUUGAGAUGGUACCAACCUUUGAAAUUCUGUACUCUGCCAAGGAUGCUUAUGGCAUGCCAGACUUGAGCCCGCAGUCGCACCUUGAUCUUAUCUACGAGAUGGCGCAGAACAACAGCGCUACAUUCGACCUUUUCUACAGGAACUACGUGAAGGCCGGCAGACCGAGGAUGGAAGAAGGCUGUGACGAGGACUGCAAGAGCGACCUGCUGUGUAGGCUGCUGGUGGCCGACACGUCAGACCGCUCCAUCUGUAAGCAAGUUCUGUAACUUGCAUUUUGUUGCUAUUUGUAAUUUAAC